AGUGAGCCAUGGCAGGAGGGCGGUCAGGCGGAUAGAUUAGGGGGGGAGGAAGGGGGUAAGGGAAGAGGGAGCGAGAGACAGGAAGGUCGAGGGGAUUUCGGAUAUCAGGAAGAGGAGGAGAUGGAGCAAGUAGCGCAAGACACUAGCAGAUAAGAUGGCCGAAGAUGCAUGGAGGAAUUGGAGGCGCUGGAGGUUGGGAGGAAACGGCGCGCGCAGAUCACGGGAUGGGCGGCGGAGACAGAAUAAGAGGGGAUCACCGCAUCAGGCAAUUUGAUGCAUAACAAAUGAUUAUAUUAAUCAAUAUUAAUAUUGUCGGGAAGUCCACUGUCAACGAGGAGUUACGGUUCUUCCUCGAAAGCCAGUUGAAUGGUCGAGAUGAGAGAUGGGAAGAGACAGAGAGAAAGAGAAAAGAAAGAAGAGUAAGAAAGAGUCAAGUGAGAAGGAGAUGGAGAAAAAGAGACGAGAGGGGCAUCCAACAGCAGCACUUCUUCUGCGCUUCUUCGCCUUCUUCUGCUGCUUCUUCUCUCGCCGCUUCUAAAUAUAGCCUCUUGGCAUCACACCGCAUCGGUCAGCAUCUUUCACUCUCUCGGCCAGUCUUUCUCUCUCUGUCUUUCUCCGUCUCUCUCUCGCCUCUUAUGGUCUCACUUCCAGAACCCCAAAGAAUCCCCGCCAACCACGGUUGGCUCCGUCAGGUGUUCCCCUCAUCGGCCGAAUCCACGGUUCGGCUGCCCGUCAGCCUGCCAGCUCUCCGGUGGUUCCAACACACACCAGAUCCCAUGGAUGAUUAGCAAGCCAACGAUGAUGUCAACCUCAAUAACUAGACAAGGGGAACAAUCACAGGCAUAACAGACCUGUCUAGCACUACCCAACAAGUUGCUAGGAAUAAU